ACACUUCCGUUUCCGUACAGCUGCAAACAACAUGGCGAAGGCCGGCGAGAAAAGUGUUGGUGGCGGCAAGCGAGGCUUGAAGAGGAAAGCUGCCGCUGAAGAGCCUCAAGAGGCUACGGUCGCGAGCGAUGGGGCAGCGGAGAGCGGGGUGCAGCCUGCGAAAGCGUCUGCCUUCCCCCCGGGCUUCAGUAUCUCGGAGAUUAAGAACAAACAGCGGCGACACUUGAUGUUCACGCGGUGGAAACAGCAGCAGCGGAAGGAAAAGUUGGCAGCUAAGAAAAAACUUAAAAAGGAGAGAGAGGCUCUUGGCGACAAGGCUCCACCAAAGCCUGUUCCCAAGACCAUUGAAAACCAACGCAUUUACGAUGAGACCACAGUAGACCCCAAUGAUGAAGAGGUGGCUUAUGAUGAAGCUACAGAUGAAUUUGCUUCUUACUUCAACAGACAGACGACUCCUAAGAUUCUUAUCACAACAUCAGAUAGACCUCAUGGGAGAACAGUUCGACUCUGUGAGCAGCUCUCCACAGUUAUACCAGAUUCACAUGUUUAUUACAGAAGAGGACUGGCUCUGAAAAAAAUUAUCCCACAGUGCAUUGCAAGAGAUUUCACAGACCUGAUUGUUAUUAAUGAAGAUCGUAAAACGCCGAAUGGACUUAUUUUGAGUCAUUUGCCAAAUGGUCCAACUGCUCAUUUUAAAAUGAGUAGUGUUCGUCUUCGUAAGGAAAUUAAGCGACGAGGAAAAGACCCCACAGAACAUGUGCCUGAGAUAAUUCUGAAUAACUUUACCACACGGCUAGGUCAUUCUAUUGGACGUAUGUUUGCUUCUCUCUUUCCUCAUAAUCCUCAAUUUAUUGGAAGACAAGUUGCCACGUUCCACAAUCAGCGGGAUUACAUCUUCUUCAGGUUUCACAGAUACAUAUUCAAGAGUGAAAAGAAAGUGGGAAUUCAGGAACUUGGACCACGCUUUACCUUAAAAUUACGAUCUCUUCAGAAGGGAACCUUUGAUUCUAAAUAUGGAGAGUAUGAAUGGGUCCACAAGCCUCGGGAAAUGGAUACAAGUCGAAGGAAAUUCCAUUUAUAAAGGACUAGGGAAGUAGUACUGAAUUUUGCUGGACAGGACUGUCUUGAAAAACUUGGUAAUUUAAUGAAACACCCUUUUCAAAAUGGAAUUUGAUUUUUACAAAUCUUGUAUUUGAACAAAUGACCAAGUGCUGUGAAUUUCUGCUCCAUAUAGUAAAUAUAAAUAAAUAUAAUUUUAUUUA